AACACUCAAUUUCCUUUCUUCUCUUCCUCUGGUCGUGAUUCUAUUCAGAAACUUCAUUUGUACUACGCAAGCCUUAGGAUGGCGCCAGAUAGUCAAAGCAUUGAUGGGUUAAUCCAACAGAUCACGACCAGUAACAAUCUCGAGGCUUUGGCGCACACUUUACGCACACCUGGAGCAUCUGGGAGAGAUGUCCGUGAAUUCAUACUCGCAAGUUCUUUAUCCUCCGGCCAAGACCCGCUUUCUGUCCUUGACAUAAGAAAUAACACGCUUGGAGUGAUGUAUAUCUUAUCUGCGAGACUACAUAUGUACUUUAACGCACAGAGCGGCGUGCAGAGGCCCCUAUGGGCCACAGUGGUCCAGUUCUGCGACAACUUUGAUCCAGAGCAAGCGCGCCUAGCUCCUGAACGAAUGAUAAUGCUCGCCAAAUCCUUGACGCGAUAUGCUUUAGAUCAAGGAAAUCUUAAACUAGCAAUACCUCUGCUCUAUUCUCUUGCCACUCGGCUCCCAAUUACUCCCAGCACCCUCACUCCGAUCCAUCCUAUCUUGCUCCUGACCGCACUUCAGACCAGACACAUCACUCCCGAAAUCUGCAUUUUACUCGUUGAAAACCCCAUCGACGACUUGUUUAUGUUCACCGGCGUCUAUUCCGAGGACAAUCUAUCGUAUAACGAUAAUCUUUUCUACCAUUAUCUCGGUGGAAUCAUUCUCACAAAAAUGGGAAAUUACGCUGCUGCACUCGACUACUUUGAGACUGCGCUCACUGCUCCGAGCACCCAUAACUCACCUCCUGCUGGUCUUCAACUCGAAGCGCUUAAGAAACUUCGUCUGGUGCAAUGUAUUGCCCUGGGCGGACCACAAGCGCUGCCAAAAUAUACAUCACCUGUUCUCAUGCGUAUAUUCAAGGCAUCUCCCUACCAGAAUCUGAUCAACGCUUUUCCUGGUUCUCCACAUCCUAAAGACCGAGGUGAAGGUUCAUCUUCGGGAAAUCACCGUUUAAGACUGCUCGUAAACAAAGACAGGGAACUAUACUUGUCGGAGUGUAACCUUGGCUUGGUCGACCUGCUCGUGGCGGAAGCUCCGAAGUGGAUUAUCAAAAGGCUAACUGAAACCUAUGUCACGCUAGGCUUGGCUGAGAUCGGAAAGUAUAUUGGGAUCGACGAUGAGCAACAAGUCAGAGCCUUGGUGCUGAAUAUGAUUGAGUCGAAAACUAUUCUUGCCACAAUCUCCGACUCUGGAAUUGUCACCUUCCACGAUGCGCCUGGCACUGUAGAUAUUAGUGUAGAAGAUAUACGCCCGCUUCUAGGAGCUUUACCUACUGGAAUUGGUCUACAAAAAGUGUCCGUUCCUAUUCUUCUAGAAGCUAUACAAAGACAGUCGGCACACCUUGCUCAACUCGAUAUGGAGACCGGGCGUAGCAAGGAAUUCAUUUCUAAGGCGAUCAAAACGAGCGGUAAUUCUGGUAUGGGUGGUCCUGGUCCCGGUUUCGGAGCCGGUGGGACGUUCCCGGACGAAGACGAAUACCCUACUCCUGGCAUGUAUGCGAUUGACAGAGAAGAUACCAUGAUGUUUGGUUGA